GACUCCCAGAGGCCAGGACGGACUCAGCUAUGUCAGAGCUGGUACCUGAGCCCAGGCCUAAGCCGGCGGUGCCCAUGAAGCCUGUCAGCAUCAACUCCAACCUGCUAGGCUACAUCGGCAUUGACACCAUCAUUGAACAGAUGCGCAAGAAAACCAUGAAGACUGGUUUUGACUUCAACAUCAUGGUCGUUGGCCAGAGUGGAUUGGGCAAGUCAACGCUGGUCAACACACUCUUCAAGUCCCAAGUGAGCCGAAAGGCCUCCAGCUGGAACCGGGAGGAGAAGAUCCCUAAGACAGUAGAAAUCAAAGCAAUUGGGCAUGUGAUAGAGGAAGGUGGUGUCAAAAUGAAGCUGACAGUCAUCGACACACCAGGCUUUGGGGACCAGAUCAACAAUGAAAACUGCUGGGAGCCCAUUGAGAAAUACAUCAAUGAGCAGUAUGAGAAAUUCCUGAAGGAAGAGGUGAACAUCGCCAGGAAGAAGCGCAUCCCCGACACUCGUGUCCACUGCUGCCUCUACUUCAUCUCCCCCACAGGACACUCCUUACGACCGCUUGAUCUUGAGUUCAUGAAACACCUCAGCAAAGUGGUGAACAUCAUCCCUGUCAUUGCCAAGGCUGACACCAUGACCCUGGAGGAGAAAUCGGAAUUCAAGCAGAGGGUUCGCAAAGAGCUUGAAGUUAACGGUAUUGAGUUCUACCCUCAGAAGGAGUUUGACGAAGAUUUGGAGGACAAGACAGAGAAUGACAAAAUAAGGCAGGAAAGCAUGCCCUUCGCUGUGGUGGGGAGUGACAAGGAGUACCAAGUGAAUGGCAAGAGGGUCCUCGGCAGAAAAACCCCCUGGGGGAUCAUCGAAGUGGAAAACCUCAACCACUGUGAGUUUGCACUGCUUCGAGACUUCGUCAUCAGGACUCACCUCCAGGACCUCAAAGAAGUAACCCACAACAUCCACUAUGAGACUUACAGGGCCAAGAGGCUCAAUGACAAUGGAGGCCUCCCUCCGGGAGAAGGCCUCCUGGGCACUGUCCUUCCACCUGUGCCAGCCACCCCCUGCCCCACUGCUGAAUGAAGUCCAUUUCAAGCGCUGCUUCUCCCUCAUUCCUCCCAGCUGUUAUUGCUGCAGGGCCAAGCCCCUUUUAAUGCCAUGCUUGUCCAACCCACCACCACAGCCCCUCUCAGCCCUCCUUAGCAGGUGGGAGGGGCCAGCUGCCUUUAGGACAGUAGCUUCCUCCCUUUAGCCAAACUUCUCCUCUCCUCCUAAUGGAAUGGAGUUCCUGCCAGCCAGCAUUGUCCUGCUCCAUCGUCUGUCAGCAGCCCCAGACCAUGUGUAGGGAGAAGGAACUCACCGAGAGCUUCUCCUGCCCUUGCAAGCCCAUAGCAGUGACUUGGAACCAUCUCCAAGGGAACCAGCAUUGCUCCCUAGCCAUCCAUCUGCAUGAGUACUCUCUUGGUUCCCUUAAAUGGUCAAGAAAGCAAUUUUCUGCUUGUUAGAGUCACUGAGGUCAGCUGUGUGAGCCCCCAUGUGGGACAAGGGUGUCUCCUUCAUUGCUUAAAGGUAUUUAUAAGGGUGAUUCAUUACAGAUGUUGGGGAGCAAGGGGGCUAGCAUCACUUAAAAAAAAAAUCAUCACUGGUGGCUGGCCCAGUGUGUGUAGACAACCUGUUUACUCCAAAAAAUGGCCAUUUGGGAAGUGAUUUUCCUGAAAAGAGGUUGCUGAGUUUGAUUUCCUUAUUCCCAAACUAAAAAAAAAAAAUGUGAAUUAAGUACACACAUGAACCACCCAAAACCCAUAAGCUAUAUACACUAUAGGAAGAAAAAUAGCACCCUUUUGUACAUUUAGCAAUAAGAGGGAUCUCUUCCCACCUACCCUGACCAUUCCUACUCCCAUCCCCCACCCUGUUAAUGUGAGCAAUGAAUUACCUGACCACAGGUGGUCGAUAUAGGCUAAUGGAAAAUACUCAAUGGAGGGCAAAGCCCCCAGCAGAUGCAUGAAUGUUUGCGAAUGUCGGCUGCCACUGCCCCGUACACUGUGUCUUUAUAGAAUCCUCCCUUGGCCACCUCACCUGCCAUCUCCACCUGGAUACAACUUGCUCAAAGGCUGGUGACUUUUGGGCCACUCAUCUAUAAGUCUUGAUGGAACAAGAGGCCCAAGCCUAGGGGAUGCAGGAACGACCCAUUUUUAAAAUGUUAGUAGUCCCAGCCAAUGUUUUGGUGAUAUUCCAGUUUAAUUUCCCAAUUAAAAGCAAGCCAACAGACACUCAGACUGGUCCUGUAAAUGUUGCUAGCCUCUGUGUUUACAACUAAACAUUGCUGUUUGAACAAUAA